AUGGCGGCACAGUGUACGUCUCAGCGGAGACACGAGUGGGAUAGAUCGCCACCGCGGGAUCUUUGUAUGCUGCCUACUGACUAUGGCGAGCGAUGCAUAUGCAAACGCUGCUUCCACAUGCUGAAACGCUCGUUGACAGGGGUGUCACGCGAGCCGCGAGCUGCAUUAGCGCUGUUCACAUCAGGCACAAAAGCUUCUCUCUUCCUCAAGCUCACUCUCUUCCUUUUCUCACCAAACAACGCCGACAGUAGACACCCGCAAACCACCGCAGCCUCUCACAGUCAGCAGUCAACAACCAUCAACGCUAUCCGCCAAACCAACACCAACACCGCCAUCAUGCGGUUCCUCCUCAAGAUCAUGAUGGCUCUGAUGGCCAUGAUCACCGUCUCCGCUGCUUUGCCGGCUGCUGACAACGCCGCUAGCACUCUCUCCACCGUCAUCACCAGCAAUGCUGCUGAUAUCUUCGCCGUUCCAUCCACCAACGACACUUUGCUUCAUGCUACCCGCGAUCCUCCUUGCAACGAUGACGUUGCUACCAUCUGCACUGAAUGCAUGUCCUGCACCGCUAAAGACUCUGGCAUUGCCAUUGAGUACUUCGUUCACACUGGCUGGGAGAUCGACUACGACCGCUGCCAGCGAGUGCUUGAUUGCAUGAACGAGGACCACUUUGCAAACAGCAUCACCCACUGGCAUUGCGAAGCCGAUUGCCGUUCGGGAACUUAUCUUCAUUUCAAUUCCAUCUUCCACCAACAGGGCCGCAUCAACUGGUGCUUCGACGACACCUGGCCUGAGAUUGAGGGUGACAGGGAUGCAUUCAACUGUCCUAGUCAUUGA